AUGUCGACUCUAACGAAAAUGACCCGCACAGUCAAAAAACUGGAAGUACCUAGACCCUUGAAAUCAACAACUAGUUCUGCCCACAACCGUAACUCAGUAGUAGAUGUCAAAAUAAAUUCUGUUGAUGAUUUAAUAGUACUAACUGAGGGAGUGGCAUACCAGAUGAUGCAGGGCCAAUUUGAUAGGUCUCUACAAAGUAGUAUUUCUACGAUGUACUCUAACUUAAAGCUUUAUGGAGCUCAGCUUGAGGGCGUAUAUAAAGAGUUCUUAGAUAGGUACUUUGUUCUCUUCCGUAAUGGAUCACAAGAUGAAAGGCUUGAUAAGAAAAGCCGGCUCCAUUUGCUUGAGUUAAUUGAGUUAAGAGCAAAACACUGGCAGGGGUCUGAUUAUAUGAGCCAAUACUACAGACACCGUGGUACACAUGCUGAGCCACUAUUAGUGCCAACAAUGGAAGGAGCAGGUUCAGGUGGUUCGGUCUCCCCAACGCUGGCUACGCCCACCGAGCCACCUGCAAUGCUAGCGCCUGGAGAAGUGAUUAAGCCCUCUGGAAAGUUUCCCAAGCCAACUAAGAUUCCUGGAAAAAACUACUCUAAAGAUGAGGUUGUCAUAAGGAAUGCGGAUUCUGGAAAAGUGAUGGGUAUCAAGGGCAGACGGGUGCACAUGAUCGAGGAGCUAAGUGAUACGAUUAUAUCAUUUCAGAGAGUAAGCCCAGGAGCAAAGGAACGUUUGGUACAAAUCACUGGACCGAAUGAGGAGAAUGUUAACCAUGCGAAGCACUUGAUUGGUGACACAAUAAGACGUAACGCGUCUCCGGUUCGCCUGGAAGGGGCAUUAGAGGGCACCCUCGGAGCCUCGCGCGCUUCACUCGACUCGAACGGUUCCGACGAACCAGUCCGCCUGAGAGAGAAAUCUCCACACAACAACAGGGCCCUGCUUCACAGUUUCUCUACGAACGAUGCGGCUCUGGGCGAGUACAAGUACACUGUGACAUUUGGCGAACAUUCCAUUAAGAUCACUGGAGAUAAUUUGGAUAUUGUUAAGACAGCAAAGCUGGUGUUAGAUGAGUACUUCGAGAGUGCCGGGGCCCUGGAGGCUAUGGGAGCUGGAUCUGGUGACUUCUUCACCCUGUCGCAGCGGCCCAAUGCAGCUCUAUUGCUUCAAGACGAUACCGCUCUGAACGGAAAUGACGACGACGAUGUAUUCGCAACUUCCGCCCAAGACAACCAGCCAGGCGAGAGUGAAGCGGUGCCUCGUCGCCCGCGCUUUUCCCGGGCCACAUCUACCGACAAAAAUAAAGGUACGGCGGGAACGAGACAAAUAUACACUUACGAGACGCUGGUGCAAUACGCGGACUCGCCGCUGAGCAAGUUGCCGCCGGCCGGCCUGGCGUCCUUCCCGCCAGAUCUCGCGCGCAAGAGUUGCCUGGAGUUUGACAGUGCCAGUUAUUUGAAGAAGGUUCGCGCCGCGGUCGCUAUCACCCUCGCAGCAGUAGACGCGCCAGACUCACCUGAACCAGAAUAA